UAUUGGUGCUUUUGGUGCGUUCAAGACAACUGGGAACUAGGAAAAAACAACAUCAAAUGAUGGAGGCCCGAGUUCCCGAAUUGGAAGAAGUUUCAAAAGAUUUUUCACAGUCGGUGCUCGUUUUUUUCCGAGUUCCCAGUUGUCUUGAACGCAUUGAAGUCGGAAGUCUGCGAUUUCCGAGUUCCGAGAUCCAGUUGUUUUGAACUCGGCAUAUCAGCUUCGAUCGAGUCAUUGGAAAGGUCGUGCCGGAUAGAGAUGUAGCUUGUACCGCAUGACAAAAACGUGGGUCACUAAAACGUCUUAAAAUAUGAUGUGGUUACUUCAAGUAUGUGCCUUUUGGAUUCUGGGAUUAUAUUUUAACAGGAGCACGAUACCGUGCGCGUUCUGUUGAAUAAGAUCUGAAUAAUCAAGUAGCUGACGUUAACUUAAUUCUAGCUAAAUUCACAGAAUAGCUAGGUAAACAUGAGUCCUGCUACUUCAAAUCAAGAGACAGCUGCAACAGGACCUGGAAGUGGCACACCUUUCUCCAUAACUGGACGUAUCCAGCAAGUCUACAGCCAUGUGAAAAUAGAGAAUUUGGUUGCAGGACUCGGUGGAGGAGUCGUGUCAACACUGGUGCUGCACCCUCUUGACCUAGUCAAAAUCAGGUUUGCAGUGAGCGAUGGACUGGACCUGAGACCUAAAUAUAAUGGCGUUAUCCAUUGUUUGAGAAAUGUGUGGCAGCAGGAGGGGGUCCGAGGACUCUACCAAGGAGUCACCCCAAACAUCUGGGGUGCUGGGGCAUCAUGGGGCCUCUACUUCUUCUUUUACAAUGCCAUCAAGGCGUACACUAAGGAAGGCCGUCAGUCUGAACUGAGUGCCACAGAACACCUGCUGUCAGCCGCCCAAGCAGGUGUAUUGACUCUCACCCUAACCAACCCUAUCUGGGUGACUAAGACUCGCUUGGUGCUGCAGUAUAACACUGAUCCCACCAGGAAACAGUAUAAAGGGAUGAUAGAUGCACUGGUGAAGAUCUACCGGCAUGAGGGGAUACCUGGACUGUACAGGGGGUAUGUUCCUGGUUUAUUUGGCACGUCACACGGGGCAUUGCAGUUCAUGGCCUAUGAGGAGCUGAAGAGAGACUACAACAAAUACAAGAAAAUGCCUUCAGAAGCUAAACUGAAUCCAUUGGAAUAUAUCACAAUGGCAGCUCUAUCCAAAAUAUUUGCUGUGGCUACUACAUACCCUUACCAGGUGGUGCGGGCUCGCCUGCAGGACCAGCAUAAUAAGUACAAUGGAGUCCUGGAUGUGGUCAGGAGGACAUGGAGGAAUGAGGGAGCUGUAGGGUUCUAUAAAGGCAUGGUGCCCAACCUGAUCCGUGUCACCCCAGCCUGCUGUAUCACCUUCGUGGUCUAUGAGAACGUGUCUCGCUUCCUGAUGGGCCAGAAGUGAGGAGGACUAAAGAGACAGCCAUGGCAGGACCACAAAGAGGAAGGGACACUCAGACAAUGUAUGUGGUGCUAGAUAAGAUAAAUAAUAAUAAUAAUAUGCCAUUUAGCAGACGCUUUUAUCCAAAGCGACUUACAGUCAUGCGUGC